AUGCGUACCUUCAGCACAGGCCGGAGCUCGCAUUUGUUGUGUACAAACACUAUUCGCAUCAGCAUCAAACUGAAGAGCUACUUGAUGCUCAAGCCAGAGGCUUACCAAUACCAGAGCCAGCUUUCUACAAAGAGUCGAUUUCCUUACUUUCAGAACCUAUUAAGGCCGCUGUCAACACCUUUGUGGCAGCACAACCAACUGCAAAAAACCGACUUUCCAGAAUGGGACUCUGGAGACCCCAUACCGUCCCCGUUUCUCUUUUGGUACUACUAUCGCACUAGCCAGGCACUCGAGGCUAUGGAAGAGCCUCAUAGGAGUCAAAUGCGCUUGCUUUCGAAUUGGAUCGAUCAAGGUUACCGCGAUGUGUAUGCUGAUGAUGUGGAGGAACUAUUUGAUCGGGGCUUCGUUUCCAAAUCCACGAUGCCAUUUUUCCUCAAGCCCGGGGAUGUUGUCGUGUCAAAGCAUGAAGAUAUCACAAACAGCAGCAUCGUUCUGUCUUGGAGCGACAUCACCAAUGAGAAGACCAAGUCAACGAACUGGCAAGCAAAAACAUGGUCAUAUAAAUUUGACGGCAGCUUCUACAAGGUCGAAUCAGAGCUCUCAGUCUCCCCCAAGUUUGACGCGGAGCAUGGAAAUAUCUUGAUCCAAGAGCUCUAA